AAUUCAUCAAACAUUUCCUUUGAUGGAAUCCUAACUUAAACCAGUAAACCCUUAAAUCCUCAGACCUCCCUGUAGCUUACGCUUAGCUUCCAGAAAGUCUUGAAAUCUUUCAAAUCAAUGAUGGCUUUUCGCUCCUAUAAUUUUGCUGAUCAUUCUUUAUUAUCAAAUUCGAAUCGCAUUUCUAGAAUUUUGUUUAAAAACUCAUUUUCCUCAACAAUCGCACAAAGCCCUAUUAUUCGAAAUCAUGAUGCUCUGUAUAAGCGCAUAUCGCCGGCGGCAAUAACGGCGAAGACUUCCAUUGUUUCGAUACUCGAUCAAUGGGUACAAGAAGGUAAAAAUAUCGUAGCUGAUGAGCUCAAAAACAUGAUCAAAGUUUUCAGGAAUCACAAUCGAUAUUCCCAAGCCCUCCAGCUCUCUGAAUGGAUGACUAACAGAAGUUACCUUGACCAAUCAUCUGGAAACCUUGCGAUUCACUUGGAUUUGAUUUCAAGAGUCCACGGUCUAGAACAAGCUGAGAAGUUCUUCGAAUCAAUCCCAGACUCGUUAAAGAAUUUCAAAGUCUAUGGAACACUCUUAAACUGUUACGCCUUCAAGAAAUCCUUAACAAAAGCAGAAGCCACCAUGGAAAAGAUGAAACAGUUAGGGUUCAUGACUACACAUUCCUACCAUAGCAUGUUAAGUCUAUACACCAAAACCGAAAACCACGAGAAGCUAGUCAAACUCAUUGACCAAAUGGAUAAAGCAAAUGUUCGCUAUCACAGACAAACAUAUUACAUUCUGUUAACAGCAUACGCUUCUUUUGACAUCAAGUCAAUGGAAAAUCUUCUUGCUUACAUGGAAGCCAAUCCUUACCUCCCCCUCGAUUGGCAUGUUUACAUCAUUCUUGCAAAAGGGUAUCUAAACUUUAAUCAAGUUGAGAAAACCCUAGAAAUGUUAAAGAAAUCAGAGGAAAACAUCUUUCAGAAUACAAAAGGUGUUGCUUAUGAAAUCUUGCUUACAAUGUACGCUAGUUUAGGUAAAAAGGAUCAUGUUUAUCGUAUAUGGAAUUUGUACAAGAAAACAUGGAGGAAAGUUGAUAACAAAGGGUAUCACCAUAUGGUAAGUUCAUUAGUGAAGUUGGAUGACAUUGAUGGAGUAGAAAAGAUUGUGGAGGAAUGGGAAUCAGUAACUCCAAUGUUUGACUUUUGGGUAGCUAAUGUUUUGGUCAACGGGUAUAGCAAGAAGGGUGAUUGGAAGAAAGCUGAAGCUUUUGUAGAGAGAUUGGUUAGUGAAGGUAAGAAACCUCCUAGAAGCACGUGGGAUAUUUUGGCAACUGUGUUUUGUAAAAAUGGAGAGAUGGAGAAGGCUCUGGAUGCAAUGAGGAAGGCGAUUUUGAGUAAUGGUGAUCAUUGGAAGCUAAAUGAAGUUACUUUGAGGACAUGUGUGAAGUAUUUGGAAGAAAAUGGUGAGAUGGAAGUUGCAAAGGAGUUGUUGAAAUCAAGUGAGGGUUGUAGAGAUUUGAAAUUUGUUAGUAAUGUGGUGGAGCAGCAGGCGCAAUCCAAUCAGCUCCCUCCAUUGUCACUUCGAUCUCAUCUCCUCCAAAUUUUAAACAACGUUCAAAUCCCGGGGGUUUUUCUAUCCUUCUGUGCAUCUGAUUCUUUGGCAUCUGGAGCCGUUUGCAGUCCAUCGGAAGCAGUCGAUUGA